AUGCAGCGAGAUACGUACGCCGGGCUCAUCAAAAAACGCCACCUCGCGCGCAUUCCCAUCCGCAUUCUUCAGCUAAACGGGCGUAUCACCCACGAAAACGUCUAUGAGGAUGUUUUCAUCGGCUACAGACUCCGUCGCCUCGUUCUCAUGACGCACUUCGGCUACGGACGGCCGCCACCUCCUUCCUCGCCGAAUUUUCCCACCAUGGCCGCCAUUUCCGCUUCUUCUUCGGUUUCGUCGUCUGCCUUUUCGCCGAUCCCGAAGGAUUUCGUCGUCGCGAGCUUCGAAAAGCUGGCGAAGAUGCACAAUCCGGGGUUUGUCUACCGUCUGGUUCCUUUGCUUUGUGCGGAUAUCGACACCUUCGCAGCGAUGCAGGCGAUUUGCGCGAGCGAAGGCAGCCCCUUCACGAUCGAAGACCGCCGCGAUCCGGUGGAUCUCACGCAUCGCUUCCCCAACGGCUGUGCGCAGCGCGGGAUAAUCGGGGAGUUCUUCAAAAAACACAUCUCCCCCGAGGAGAUGGCAGAGCCCGCGGCCUCGCGACGGCUUCCGAUCACCGGUAUCGAGUUCGACGGCCUCCUCCUCACACUCGCGCGGGAGCGAAUCGCCGGAAACCCCCCGGCGAGGGCGGAAAAAACGCCGCCUUGCGAGGUGGUGGAUCCUCUCGCCGGGCGCGUUUCCUCGGAUUCCCCCCUUCCCUCCUCUUCUUCUUCUUCUUCCUCUUUGUCGGGGGUAAACCACCCACCGGAUGUCAACGAAGGCGAGGUGGCGGGGCAAUCCCCGCCGACACGGCAUCAAACGCUUUCCGUUGGCGCCCUUCUCACGACGCAUGGGGUGUUGAACGAAAAGGUGCUCCUCCAACGCGCGCUCGUGCGGGAUUUUUUUGAAUCCCCGUUGUAUUGGCAGCUCAAAUCGAAUACGCCGCUGAUCGGGGAGGUGAGCGCGUCGCCGCGGCGGAUGCAUUUUAUCGCAACGCAGCGCCCCGUCGGGUCGGAUUCCGGCAGCGGGCGAACCGCCCUCUUGCAGAUGGCAAAAGAAUUCAAUCUAUUCGUCUACGAAAAGGUUGAUAAUGAGCUUUAUCAGUUUGCGGUGUAA